AUGGCCGAAAUUUUAUUCACUGAUAACAGAGUGAAAGUCGUACCAUUUGAGGAUGAUGAAUCGAAUAUAAAAUCCGAUUUUUUUGACCCGAAACCUGAGGACCUACAAACGGAACUGCCAGACUUACCAUUCAGCAACGAAGGCAAUGAUUUCGGCUCAGGAAAAGAUGCAUACGGCGAUCUCUUUCUCAUGGACCCAAAUGACCUCCUAGGAGUUCGCGAAGAGAUCGUUGGAAGUGAAUCAUCUAAGAGUGCAGAGGAAAUCCCUGUACCUAGAAAUUCCGACUCUCUUCCCGUUACCCCUGAGCGUCCUCGGCGGAGCGCACGUAAAAAGAAACUUAAGAAGAAACAGUUCCUGAAGCCGACUAGCGUUUCUGAUGAUCGUGAUAGUUCAGACUUUGAGGACUUUUGUUUGCCAGUGACGAACUCUCCAGUGGCAGAAAGUGACCGUACUAUCUACUGGCCGAAGAAUCGGCUUCUGCCUUCAAAGCAAACUUAUUGCGCCCGCAGUAUUAGUUCUCCAACGUCCUUUGAUGGCCCAGUUUCUCAGGGAAAUUCGGAUAUCGUCAUCGCCAAACUGGACCCCGAUCUCUCCAUGCGGACCCACUCGCUGACGCGUGCGCACUUGGGUUCCACCCGCCGAAUGAUCCCCAUGAAGCGUGAGCCCGAUGGUUAUGAACGCCGGAUAUUGCCACGAGGUGCGAAUGGUAAAGUUUUCCUUUUUGAGACGUGUGCAAAGGAAUUUAAAUUGCUAGGAGAUCUUUAUCUACUAGUAUCUGCUUCCAUUUUAAUAUACUUGUGUCACCAAGUUUGCCCAUUCAAAUCUAAACUAAAUGACGCCGCCAGAGCCACUGGUAGUAAAACAACGUGUGAUGUUUCCUAUCACUUUUCAUUAGCAGUAGCUGCUUAUGGGGUUCUGUUAAGUCUAUCAUAAAAACGUUCCUUAACCAUGUACUUUGGUGCCGCACUUAAUUAUCACUUUCUAACCACGUCCAGUAUUCACCCUUUUUAAUCUCAGCCUUUCGUGGUUGUUUGCAUCCUGCAGAUUCAGGUUUGGGUUCGUCGAGUGUCGCACGCAAACGAAUUCAAUCUCCCCAGUUCGAUCUAAGUUAGAUAAACCGAUCGGACGUGGUCAAAUGACCGAAAAUCAGGGGCCACGGACGCUGGUGGAUUAGUGUCCUGUUCAAGUCAUAUAAAACUACCCUGUACGAUGGUCGACGUCUUCAAUAGGAGAAUGACCCAUGCCACGUAGGUCGUGGCUAACCUUCGACAUGCCGACUUCCGAAGGGUCCUACGACGCGUAUUUUGUUUUUAUGAGGUUCCUUUAGGCCGGCAGGAAGCUCAGACAGUGCCGUCCCAAUUCAUUUUCAAAAAACCCCUUACUGUGAUGGAAUCCUUGCCAUGGCGCCUGACCAUCUGCACUGAUAUAUGUAGUUGACUAGCAGGAUAUAUAAAACGGUGAUUUCACAACAUACCCUGAGUCUUGAGUCCUCACACUAUUUGCUGAUACAAGUCAAGCACGUGGCUGAUCAACUCCCCGAAUAAAGUAUGCGUCUUCGGCGAAAAUCCUUGACAUUUUUGUCCGCGAGUAUUCGGCACAUCCAUCUCAAAGUCAUACUACGUGGCGUAACAGGCAAGGCAGAGAUAUUUCCCUGUCUUUGUCGGUAAUACCAUUCUGAAAUAUUCUUGUUGUUUGUGCUAAGCCUUUUGAAGAGGGCAGCUAACCACUCUGGAUUCAGCGGAUUAGGGUAGCUAGGCGCCCACAUUCACGGUCCUACGGGUUGUUAAGAGUCCAUAAAAUCGAAUUUCUGAAAAUUGCAUUUGUAACUCGUCCGCCGUUCUCAACGAGAGCUGUCGUUGCCCUUACUCUCUCCUCUUUACCACAUUUCGAAAUUGUAAAUAAAGACGACUGGGAAGGAGACCAGGCAGCGCAGGCUAGUUCUUGUAUCGCCGCGUUUUUAGAUCGCGCUUUGUAGCUCGGAAUUGAAUUCUGAUGUAGGAGUUGCCAUCUGGGCCCCACGAAGGAGCUGUCAUAAUAUAGCUGUUUUCCCGUUGUCCAACUGGUUGCUAGCUCAUAGCAUCCUGCAUAUUUUACCCGCAGCGGCGUGGAUUGCUCUCACGACUACUUGUUCGUUACUUCAGUGUUUUUCAAAUUAUUUUAUGAUGACGGACUUAACCAGGCUUCCCCGGAUGGAUCCGAUUCUGUGGUUAACAAGGCAGUUGACCUAGUGUCGGGGACACUUGUUUGUUCCUCUCUUUAAGCCAAGUCGACUCUUCCUAGAUGGUUACGUCGGCCAAAAUGUAGACACUGGUAUGACGGUGACCGCACGAAGUCCCGUAACUGAAACAUUUGCCUUAUCUGAGAUUUCUACCCGAUGACUUCGAAGGAUAAGCCGAUAAGCUCGUCCUUCUGGUAUACUUCACAAAGGACGAAAUGGCGCCAUGCGAAUGCUGGGUGUAUUUUCGAUGCGAGAAAAAGCGGAUUUCAUAAGUUUAGGCAGCCGAAACCUUUUCUCCCAUAGCUUGCCAACGGCCGCUCUAAGUCAUAGGUCCCCCCUCAAGGUUUUUCUUUGCUCUGCUUUGUGAUAGCAACGUUAGGAAUUUUAGGCUAGUUUGACAUCUUUCCGGAUGGUGAGUCUUCGUAGUGGACGUGCUUUGUCUAUAAUCGGGUAGUAUUAACGCUGUUGAUGUCUAAUUCGCCUGUUGAGUGUGCUCAUCCUGCGGUGCCUCUUUUAGAUUUCUGUCGGUGUAGUCUCCCUGGUGCCAAGCACAAAUUAGCCAUUUUGUUUACUAAUCGACGCCUACUAGUCAUUAACAACCUAUAUGUGUAGGAGACGUGACGUUCUUAUAUGUACUUUUACUAUUUAGGCCCCAGUUCUUUUAGUUUUGGCCAUCAUGCGCAAGGCAGUUUUCUUCACACGUAUAAAAACACUUCAUCCCUAUUUUUCAUCUUCUGUCGUUUUAUAGUCAGGAUAAGGUAUCUUUCGAGACCGCGUUCACUACUUAGUACGGACACAGAAGUCUGUCGUGCCGAGAUUUUAAAUCACGAAUGCUCUACGUGGGCGUCAUCUGUACGCAAAGUGUAUAGUUAAUUUGAGUCUAGAGAGGCGGUUUUCGACUUGUCGUCUCUUUCGCUUUAGCGAAGGUAGCGAGUAUUUUCCGCUCAUACUUUCAGUGCAACAUUCCAGACUUAGGCUGCCGUUGUACAACUACUUGGGAAGUGUUUAGGGAUUUUCGCGUCAUCUUGUCGGGGAUACCGACAAAAGAACGAAUUCGUCGAAAUAUUGCCCCUAGUGAAUUGUGUUACUUUUCUUGGAGUAAACUCCAUUACACCCUUUCUUUGUUUACUGCUGUUUCAGCUUUCGCCUGCAACCAAAUUCCUUUCGGCGCGAAGUCCCAGCUUCAGUCCAGCCUUUUGAACAUGACGGUCCACGCCAUACGUCGUCGCGACGCAGCCCUUCGCAGCAUAACCUAUCAGCAACCCUCUCCCGAACGGUCAGCCUCACACUCCAAUGGCUCUAGUUUAAACCAGUCCUUGCGCACAGUUCUCUGUCCGCACAAGAACUGUGGCAAGCUGUUUCGGGACAAUUCGGCUAUGCGCAAACACCUUCAUACGCAUGGUCCUCGAGUGCACGUCUGUGCAGAAUGUGGCAAAGCAUUUGUGGAAUCUAGUAAACUCAAGCGUCACCAGUUAGUACAUACGGGUGAGAAGCCAUUCCAGUGCACCUUUGAGGUAUGUCCUAGUUCCUUCUUACUUUGUUUUUCUUGGAGUUAUCUCCCAUGUUGCGUAGCAUUUGGUUGUCGGUAGUUUAUACACAGAUGUGGCAAGUGCUUAUCCAAGCUCCACAUUAUGUUAGCCACAAAAAGGUCUGAGAAACCUAUCUGAUUCAUCAUUGGUCUAUGAAUUACUUAGUGGCACAUAUCUUAAUUGUUAGCACAGACCGGCUAUUUUGCUCAUACAGAUCUAAAACCCCGACGAUUCGUCGCUGAACUUCUCAGUUUGCAGUUGCCCAUGAGAGGAAUUAAAGACAUUAGACAGUUUGUCAGUGAAACCGACGUUUCCUGCACUCCCGUUUUGUCGGGAUUGUGGUUGUGACGGCAUUCAUACCUAUCUAGCCCCCCCCCCCUCCUCACCUGCAGGUCUUGCUCCAUUAACGAAUGCUGAAUACCCGCGUUUCACUACCGAUGCUCAAGUAGAUGACCGUGGGCUGGUUGUAAUCUGUUGCGAUGGCCAUACUUGACCCGGAUGCAUGUCUCAACAUGUUUCCUGGUGGCAGUAAGAUCCCUUGCCAUCUCUAUUACGUUACUGUUAAUUGUCGGGGUGUGCAGUUAGGUCGACUUAAUUAUAAUCACCAAGCGACUGCUUGAUCGAAGCUGUGUCCGACCUCUUAUGUGCAUUCCUUCGACCAUCCUUCAACCGGGGCGAGCAGUUUCGACGCAAUUUCACGAAGGCGUUUCAAGUGAGGUGUAUGACAGCUGACCGAAAACAACACUAGGGUUUAUUUUGCACUGAAACUCGAAAUUAAAGCCAAAAUAUAUGAAUGCUCUUCCAAGUGGAAAACAUUACUCAACUGUGUUCGUGGUCGUGAUAAGCAUAGAAUGUAAUCUCAAGUGAAUCUAUGCACUGGGACCGACAGAAAUGACUAAGGCGAUUCCCACAGGAAAUCCGAAAUCUCACGGUCUCAGUUUGCCAACCGCUUUCGAGUUGUAUCAUCUGUGUAAAGGACUACUUAAUGGUUCCGAUCAGUGCUUUACAUGUUUCGCCAUAGGCUUAUUUUGAUUCGAUCUGUCAACUGAAUGCGCAAGCGCAGUCGGGUUAUUGCGGAGGCGUGGUUGGAGAUCAUCGAGUCAGUACCUGCUCUGCUGGUGCAUCUUAAUUGUUCUAACGUUUAUAUUUCGCCGGAAUAAGCAGCCCUUCUCGCGAAUUGGAAGUCGGAAUGCAAAACAUGAUAGAGAACCUCCUGGUCCUGGUCGUAACUAGUAGGACCUGAUAACGGUGAGACCCCAAAGUCACUGAAUGCUGAUAUUCCACUGCCGAAUGGCAUGUGCAGACGGGCCUUUACAAUCCAACCGGAUAAUUCAGGUUCAAGGCCAAUAAAACACGACCACCAGCCGUUGAGAGCGGCAAUUUUUUCGUGUAACUGAUUAAUUUGGAUUGUUUGCAAACAGUUAUUCCUAAAUUGCCUCGAGCCUUGCUAAUUCAACGGUCUUAGUCUGCUGAAGCAAUGCGAAUAAAGUUAUUUUUCCACAGCUGGCAGACGCGUUUGUCUUUUGGUUGGAAUAGCAUUAGCAUAUUGUCACCUCCAUGUACAAGUGCCUCUACCCUUGGGCAGAGUGCCCCAAGUUACUUAUCACGUUGAAGUAUACGGUUCGUGUAUUUACACGGUUGCCGGAGGCCCAAGGGAUUUCCGCGUAGUGCGGAACAGAAUUUGCCACCAGGCUUUAGAGAGACAAUUGCUAAGGUUCGUUUUUUUAUGUGGUGUUUUGAAUAUCUACCGACGUCCAAUAAUGCUUGUACAUUGGAGGUUAGGCGUUUGACGCAGUAUGGGCUGGUUGUCGUCGUCCGCUACCUGCUGCACACUACUAGAUGCCAGUCAGCUAGCCAGUCACUUGGGCCAGGCGACUAGUGAGUUAUCUCCGAAGGCCAUGGGCUAUUAUUGGUCGAGCGAGUGUUGUUUGAAUUGGGGGGCCGAUGUACCAAGUUGCCAUAUGCUGAUUUUGGGAUCAGGCCUUUGGAAGCCGUUACUCACAACGCGUCUUGCUUUUCGGUUUGCUGUCGCUAUUUGGGGCCUACAUGCAUAACCAGUUCUCCGACUAUGACGGCUUUCCCUGUCUAAUUAAUCAGGUUUAGAUUUCACAUUCUUUGGCAAGAUUAUGAGGUGAAGGAGGUCUCGAGACAGUUUUGCCAGUUAGCCGGCGUCUCAACCAAUUGUCAGAAACCAGGGUGCUCAAUUCAUUUAUACGAGUGUUCGAUGGCUUCCCAAAUAGGCCGCUUGAUCUCUGUCCACAGCAUCUCACUCAGCGCCGCCGGUUUAUUUUAAAAACCUGGCCCCGCUGCGAUGCACUAGAAACGCGCAGAAGCCACGAUCAUUACUGGUUUGCUUUAGUCGCGCGCAGAGGUCAUGCCCCCUAUUCAAGAAGCCAUAUAUUCCUUUAGAUUUUGAUUUAUAUUCGCUAUGGUGGCCUGCAUGACUUUGAGAUUUCAGUCAGUAAAUAAGUUUCCUACGGGUGGUCAGUACAUUUGUUCGGGCAGGUUAUGGGAGCUCAACAAAAUCAUGCUACGAAUUAGCUGUGAACGCCAACACCCCUGAUGCCGUGUCUCCCAGCCACCGCUACAAUGCCCACUCACUGCGAACCGAUCAGGCAAAACCCUUUUCCUAACAGACCUUUUUGCUGGGGUUAGUUUCAGUAGGUCUAAAACGAUCAUAAACGGUUAUCUUUCUCAUCCAAACGGGCAGCUAUUUACGCUGUAUGCGUCUUGAAGAUGGAUGAGUGGAUCCUUAAAGACCAGAUGCCGUAUACUGACCUUGCAUGAUAUCUCGCAGUCAUCUUUUUGCUGUUGUGUGUGUUUCAUGCUUUCCUGUAUUUUCUAUCGACACAUUCGCAGACUAUUGCGUCAGACUACAAUGUGCACAGAGACUCAUGAAACAUGAGUCAUAAUGAUCUCUUGGAUACGGUCGCAGAAGUGGUUGGCUGUUACCCUAAUCACAAGUCAGCUGUCUCGCGGCAACAUGGUGAUUCAAAACAAAUAAUUGCAAAGUUGUGUUAUUAUUGGGUAGGACUAACUUAUGUGCUCCCCUAAACAGGAUAUGAGAACAGGAACCGCCUGCCAUACGGAUGGCUUUGAGCCAACUUGCAGUGAAAUUAGGGUUAGGUCAAGGAUCAGGUUUAGGCUAGUUUUAAAGUUAACCGUAGGGUAAUUCAGGAUUGAGUUUGGGGUUAAGGUAGGAGCUAGCGCUAAUUGCAGAGUUAAGGUUUAGGGUUAGGUUUAGUUUUAUAUUUAUACUGGGAUUAUUGUUGGAGUUAGGACACGGCAAUAUCUCGCCCUUUCCGGAAUUAUGUGCAAGUCCAUCUUUGUUACUUAAGCGGGACGUACCUAUUCCCUAUGUCCCGUUUAGGGGGCCACAUAAGUCAUCCCUACCUCUUAUUGGUUGUCGGUGUGUUUAUAAAUUCUAUCAUACUUUGUACGGGAAGCUGCACUCUCAAGUCUUCUCUAGUAUCUGCAUAUUUUAAAAGGGAGAUUUUCUCACUUCAUGGGGUUUAGAAAUUAGCUGUUUUGUAUUUUAACUGGCAUAGAUUUCUAUGGACUUGUGCCCCUUAUCAAAUGUUUCAAUAUGCACAAGUCAAUUACUUUAUUUUGUGAUCACCAAUAGGGAACCACAGCAAUAUGCAGUAUCAAACAUUCUUAUGAUUGCAAGCUUUGGAAAAUCGAAAGAACGCUCUUAAGUUCCAAAUUAGGGGACCACUUUCCUGUUAAAACGCAUGUUUGUCCAUCAGUUCUGUAGAAUAUCAUUUCCUUUUGUGAAAGUCUGGUGUGUUGUGCGGAGACCAGAUCGUGCGCGGCACGCCUAGAAGGCUAUUAAACUCUGUCAGCCACUUCUGCCCAAUCUCAGCAUCAGAUGAUUGGCCGGCUCAGACAGCAGACUGGUGCACAGGAGAGGAAAGAAAGAGGGAGGUCGACACUGCGAAACACAUCCCUACGGCACAUUUGACGCGAGCCUUACUGUAAAACAUCUGACGCGUUUAACUCUACCUUGGCACGCUAAAAAUCGUGAUAUCGAUGGCUGCCGGCCUACAGGGCAACUCGAACCUUCCAGAGUUAAGCCGAAAUGUACCUCCCGAAUAUGACCCUUAUGGCACUCCAACUCAGAUGGGAUAUGGACCGUCCCCACCAAUUUCUCUAACAACCUGAUUCGUCAUACGCAGACGAGGUCGGGUGUGACACGGGUAGACCGGCCGAUUCCGCCCUCGGUCAUCCGGAUUUUGUAUUGCCGCCAGGUCCAGAUGGAUGAGUGAAAGAGAGGAGUCCGGUGAAUGCUGCGCCAGUCUUGUAUCACCAUAAACUAAUUCACGCGCAGGUCGCCGUCCUGUUGUGCUGCACACUGUAUACAUGGUCGUUUAAAGCGGCCGAACUGAUAGAAAAGAAAUAUCAUUUACUGCUAACAGGCAUCAAAACUUAACUACAAACGUGUAAGGUCGGUGUAAGGAAGUGCCGUCUCUGUGCUCUUACGGCCUCCUGCCUGUAGCUCAGUGCGCAAGACCUGACUUUGGAUGAGGAAUUGAGUUAGUCCUCAUUCCAGGUUGCUGGAUUGAGUCGCGAGGCAAUUUUAGAGAGCACAUUAUUUUUAAGUCUUGAUUGUUUGGCUGGUGAAUUCUCCAAAGACGCAGGUUUCCGAGACUGCGUAUCGAUGAGCCUUCGCCCGACCGUUUGAAGCAAUGGAGUACCCAAUUUCCAAGACAAACUUUGGUUUACCCCCGAAAAACGUAAUUGACUCAGGUGGGGUGUCAGCCUACACUUCACCUGACUGCGAUCUACGCCAGUGUCAGAAGUUUCAAUAUGAAACUUAGUUUCACACCGAGCCUUUCUCCCGACCGCUCACAUUGUUAGUGUUUGUUUAAAGUUGUAGGUGGGCUUGUCUACAUGGAAGCGUAGUCAAUUUAGAUGUGUGUCGGCUUUUUGUUGACUACGCUGGCAGGUCCCGACUUCCUUUUUUGGAAUUUUGACGAGAAACCAGUUCAAGUACUUAACUGUCGGCGCCCUUAUGAGCUGCACUGUUCCGUCCUAGCUGUCUGAUCGUGUUUGCCGCCAAGCACAAAGGCAGACAGGUCGAUACAAAGGACCCUACGGUGCUCUUCACUAAUUGUGUGGGUGCAUUGGUAGAUGCAAUCAUGGUGGUAAUUGUGCUCCUUUACUGACGUGGGUGUGUGACCAUGCGGGCAAGCGGUUUCAACUGUGACGCCAAGUGUGUUUUUUGGGCUUGGCGCGGUUGCUUCUCCGCAAUCUCCUAGUUUACAAUCCCGUCCUUGGAUGCCAGUCGAACAACCUAAUGCUGAGCAACGCCGGUUACUUCGAUAUCGUAGUCAUGCACGUCGAAACUCCUAAAGCUGAGCCUGAAACUCCUGGAAGAAGCGCUAGAUUUGUGUGCUUUACACUCCGCCCACUGGCGGAAGCACUGUCGUCCCAGCUCUCGGAAACAUCGUGGCACACUUUGCGGUAUCUGGUAUAGCAUUUAUAACUAUAUGGUUUGGUUUCGAGCGCCCCGGGUCUUACUGUCUGUGGUGGUAUUCUAGACAUCCAACGCACAACACAAAGUUCAACUUAGUAAGUUUAACUUCUUCAGAUAUGGCCCCUAAACGUCGGCGACGUAGCCGACAUACUCGGCCUGCCCUACAAUGCACCAAGUAUUUAAAAUUUCAUCUCUACCCGUACGCACCUCUUAUUCGUUGUCACAUGCCGCUUAUGUCACGUCCACCAGGACAAACUAGAAGGUCAUGCAACUAAUUCACACGUUUCCCUCAGUUAGGGUUGUGCGUUACACCCCUCUGUACGAUAUUCCACUAUGUGGUCAAUAGGCCUGACUUUUAUUGCAUUGAAUAACGUUGAACUUCCUGCCUGUCAUCAAUCCCAGUCUCACUCAGAUGCUCUGUUCCCAUCGGAGAGUGCCUACUAUCCACAUCUUGCAUUUUAGGGCUGCGGAAAACGGUUCUCACUGGACUUCAACCUCAGGACUCACGUGCGUAUUCACACUGGGGAUCGUCCAUACAUGUGUCCCUUCGAGGGCUGUUCUAAGCGCUUUGCGCAGUCGACAAACCUUAAGUCACACAUUAUGACUCAUGCCAAAGUCCGUUAUCGGUAAGCCUCUGAAAGCCCAGCGUUCAAAAUUGCAUUCGUUUAGCUCGUUUAUUGCAAACAGAACACGAGAUAUUUCUACUGUGACACCGUAGCGCCUUUCUCUGUAAUUUUGCAUCCUUUUGUUGGUGUGGUCGUCAGCAUUUUACAACUUUAUACACUUCUCUGGCACUUUUAGCCAUACUCUGCCUCCUGAAGUUAGCAUGAAGCUAAGCAGAACACAUGACAUGUCAACCCUUUACUAUACACGCAAUGAAAAUUGACUAACCGUCUGCAAAACUUGGCUGCAGACUGCAACCUCUGCGUCGAAAGGUCUGUUAUCGGGAACUUCCAGGACUAGCCUCCCUUAUCCUCUUGCUAAUUUUCAGAACUGGGUGGUGUUUCUUUUCUUAAUAUUAAGCCAAGAUCCCUUAACGUCACGCUUGUCAUAAUGAAGUACACAGGCAACGCUACUUAACCGUAGUAGACGGAACGACCUAAACAGGAGUGUCCUAUUUAACUAGUUAAGCCGGAUUCUGUCAUACCUUUUUGUUCCUAUUUCAAGGGGUAUCAGGAACUCCGUGUCAUGCUCUUCCCAGUCUGGCACUUAUUUCUCUGGCAGUCUUGACGAUCUGCCUCAGUCCCACUCCCUCGGCCAUCGGUUGCAUAACCAGCCCUGUCACUCGAUGCUGAUGCGCGAACCUGCCGGCAAUACAUUAUUCGGCGAGUCCGCCCCUUCAACCUUCCUGGACGGCCAAUCCAGUGCACUGCUGGGCUCUGCAACUAGUGCCUCCCAGCCCGUUUCCCCCACCUCACCGUUCCUUUCUACUUCCGGUAGCAACCAUGUCUCCUCAGGUGGCAGGGCCAUAUUUGACCGCGACUAUGAUGAUGGCUCUGGCGCCCUGGACCUAGAGGAGGGCGAGGAGCAUGAGGGGAUUGCUAACGGCAGCGGUCUCAAUGCCCCCUCCCUCUUGCCUGAACAGGGCGACCUGGUCAUGUCUGACGAGCAUGCGGACGAGAAACCCAUGGCAUCCCUAAGUACUGUCACCUACCAACAUCGCUCGGCACUCACGGUCUCUCGCCCGACGCAGGGUCGGCGCCCACUCUCCCGCCCUCCAGUUAAUCGGAGGAAACAGGCGAGGUUACGCAAGUCCUCCGGUGCGCCCAUGCGACCGGACACCUCAUCUUCACCGCGUAUUCCCCCUGCUUUGCACACGCCGUCGACUUUGCGUCGACGAGUCAGUCUCUCUGGUCCUGUUCCCUUUCACAACAGAACGUCAACCUCGGCUGUGCGACCGGAAACCUCGCCUGUGGUCGGUCGAAACUUAAAUUCAAAGUCUGUCCCAAGUGACGAUUCCGUAGAUCUCAAAUUCCGCGGCAUGGCCUACAUUCCCUCACUCUGA